UACCCGGGCGGUGCGGUUGUGUUUGGUUGUUUGGUAGUCGUUCGUUGCUUGCAGUGAUCUUUUGUCCACCACGCUGAGCCGCAGAAAGCAGAAACCUAAACAAACGGAACGGAUAGGACAACGAAAGGAGGUUCGUCGUCUGCUGCCGGCUAUUUUCGAAGCAGUUCUUCUCGGCGAUUAUUGACGCUCGCACCAGCGCAGCAAGCCUAUACCACAAAUCUAAUCGAACGAACGCAACCGCGGCUACUGGUGCUGCCUGUGAUUGCAGUUGAUUACCGAACAAGUUCAGCGGGCGAAUCGAGCGGUCAAUAACUAAAAUAAACAGUCGUCUGGUUGGCACGUGAACAUGGCAUCUAAAUCCGAUGAGAUAAGUGAUAAGUGAUAAGUGAUACGUGUCGGUGGCUUGAGUUUGAAUAAGCAAUUUAAGCAUGCGCGCUGGAAGUGAUACGCAAGCUCUAGUUGACUGUGAUAGAAGAAGAUUAGCCAAUUGCACUAAGGAAGGCGUGAAUUUGAGUUAUUUGAGUUUUGUGGCAGUAUUUGCAUAAUAAGGAGGUAAAGAUCGAGCGGUUUAAUUUGAGUGCACAUCAUCAAAGGAGGAGGUUUUUUUUAGCUGUGAAGAGAAAAAAAACACGUGAAAAGGAGAACUUGUGAAGUAUAAUGUUAGUGCACGGUGGAAGAUUUAAACGAGCAGCGAACGAGUAACUCAGCCGCGUCCGAUGAACACGGAAAACCACAAAUCACUGAAGGAUGGGAUAUUUUUCGAAGCGGAACGUUUUUAUCUAUUGCUGCAUAUCGGCCUGUUUGUCAUUGAUCACCUACCUGAUAGCGUUCUCCUGCGAAGUAUCGUGGGUGUUGGAAGCCAGAGGUAACCUCCCGAUUCCAUCCUACCUGCUGUGUGCGGAGUUUUUCGUUCUGUUCGUUUCGUCGGCCGUUUUGAUUCACGGAUUGUCAACUGGAGUAUCAUGGGGUCUGCUUUGCUGGUCUAUCAUUAUCGGGAUGUUGUCGGUGCCGGAGUUGGCGCUCGUGAUGUACAUGACCAUACAAUAUUGGGGUCUUCAGUCAGCACACGGACUAACGGAAUUAAUUGGGUAUUUAGUACGUUUAAUAGUCAACUGUCUGGCGCUACUUUGCGUCAUUCCAACAGCCUUAAGAUGGCGCCAAGAGAAAAAGGUUUUAGCACAGCUCGAGUCCCUUGCAUCAAGGCUCCAACUGACCACACCGACACCGACUACUCCUUUCAACGCCACUACCAACGGCAUGAACUCACUGCGGGCUAGCAAACGUAGUCAAAUGAGCCGACGGCCAUCGACUGGGUUCGACAAUCCAGGCUACGUAUCGCACGACAACAAUUCCGGGGACCUGGUGCAACAGUAUACGGCUUAUAAUAAUUUGUACGGAUCACAGAGCGAGUUCAACGCGAGCAUAUUCGGGUUGAACCCUUCCCAGUAUAUUGGUCCCCCGCCGCCACCGAUGGGAGCGGAAUGCAAGAAGACGCAGUCGCUGCUGGAUCUUCGGUUUAUUUUCCCUCCAAAAUUCCUUACCAACAACGAGAAAAAGACUGCCAAAGAGAAACCGGGAACUGAUGAAACGGACAGUGUCCUAAACAACAAUCUUAAAAAUAAGAUCAACAAUAAGUUGAACGACAGUACGAGUAAAGAUAACAAAGCUAGCAAAGAUAACAAUAGCGUUGUAGAUAUGAACACUGACCCGACGGCGGUCACCAACGAUCCAAUUUAUUACACGAUUGAGUCUACCAAAAACAAUAAAAUCCUUGGUCGAAACUGUGUCUCGCUGGAGAACCUCGGUAAUAUUACACUUUCGGAGUCACCACUGCCAUAUAAAAAGAACGAUCGAUACGGCAAUAAUCUGCUCAAGAACUACACCCUGAAUCCGUGGAAUGUCAUCGCUUAUAAUCCGGCUUAUAGUGCAUACCCGCCGGCAUACUUCCACUACGGAGCCAUGCAUCCGUAUCAAAUCUAUCAGAUGCAUCACAACAAUUUUCCUCCACCGGCUUCGAUGGGUGGUGGAUACUUCACGGCCGCAGGCCAUCAGCCAGUCCACCCUCAUAAUCACCAUUACAGUCCGCGCCAUCAUCACUCUGGGGAUCCGCGGGCAGCUUAUGGUGGAGCAAACCACUCGACCCUUAGCUAUGGGUACAGUAACGCUUAUCUCAACAGUGCAAAUAACAGUCGCCAAUCAUUGGGAAAUGAGUCAGAUGACUUUCGAAAGUAUCGAGAUGUAGCGCUGUAGAGUCGUAUCAGCCGGGAAAAACUGACCAGGCCGGGGGAGUAAGUGCAUAGUUUUUUUUUGCGACAGAUGUAUUUAUUUUCCGACGUUAGAGUCGUAAAAGGAUAUAAGAAUAACGAAUCGAGCCAAACACGUGCAUUAGAGGGACAUGUGUGCGUGUGUGAAGCGAUGUACAGGCGCAAUACUCGGAUAAUCAGUAGAUUUGAAACGAUACGUAUAACGAGAGAUGUCACAUUGAAGUACUAUUACGAUCAAUAUUGUCACAGUUACCUUUGUAAAACCUAAGAAUACGAAGUUGUUAAAACAAAGCCAAUAAAUUACAACGAAAUAAAAUAUUUAUGAAAGAU